AGGCGCUGGGUUUAAAUGUUAUCCGAAGAUGACUAUGUUACCUAUACAUGUUGGAGGUGUAUAGGCACCUCUUCUAAGCCCUUCGCCCGACGCACAGACACCACCUGCAAUUCGCCUCAACACCAUAACCCUAGCAAAGAGAAGAGUAUUGGAGGCAACAGGACCUACUUUGACGAGAUUGCACAACGACACAGACCUUGCAUAGGAAGUCUGAUUAAAAGUUCUGCAAUGAAUACGUUACCCUCAAGAUUAUGGGCAGUACAGGCAAGGAUUGGCAGUGCGGCAGGGUUCCACACCAGUCCUCCAGUGCAUGAGAUACGAAAGAUGGCAAGACUCAGAGUAGUUGAUAACAGUGCACUGGGAAAGUCUGCCAUGCUGGAGGGGAGGCCACCUAAGUGUAUACACAUAUAUAACAAGAAGGGUGUUGGGUUCACAGGUGACAAGGUGCUAGUUGCCAUCAAGGGCCAGAAGAAGCAAGCCAUCCUGACUGGGUGCCACCAGGACCAGAAGCCUCUCAUGCCAAAGUUUGACAGCAACAACAUUGUGCUCAUUGAUGAGAAUGGCUCACCACUGGGCACCAGGAUACAUGUACCCAUUCCAACAAUGCUCCGUAAAAAACUCACAGACAUGUCGCGACCAAAAGGUGCAGAUUAUACAAAAAUAUUAUCAAUUGCAACACGUUUUAUAUAAAUUAUGGAAGCCCAUUAAAUCUCUUCAGUUGUUAAAUUAUAAUUUUAAUUACAUGUAAGCUUAUCUAAUUUAUACAAAUUGUAAAUAAAUUCAAUAGUAAAUAAAAAUAUAUGCUGCAGUUUUCAACCUCUGUAGACUUUUAGAAAUUCUUAUAAAUACAAAGGGACGACUGAACUACAGCGGUGACAAAGUGCGUGAGUGAGUGAAUGUGAGCAAAUGGAGAAUACACAUAUGAACAUAUCUUUGAUAAUUUAUUAAAAACUGAGUUUGCCUUUCAUAUUGUGACUGGUACACUGGGCAAAAUAAAGAUAUGAGAAG